AUGCAUAGAUUAUCAAUACCGCCAAGCAAAGUAUCGCCAUUAUCAUCGAAUACAGUUGCUGAUGAUAUUCGCAAAUUCAAUAAUGCAUCUGUAAACAAUUCUCAAAAGCGAAAUUGGGAGCUACGAAAUCUUGGAAGACGUGAAACUGCACGUGACGCUAUUAAUCUCUUUAGUAGUAAGGAUGAUGGAAAUGCUUCUUCAGCUACGGAUAAUUCCAGUAAAUUAAAAACGAAUAUGCGCAAUAAAUCUAUUCCAUCGCAAGAGGAUGAUGUUGUUGUUGUUGAUGUUACCGAAAAAAUUAGUGAAAGCAGGAAGAAUUCUGAUACUUCUGAUCGCAACGAUCAAUCGAAUUUACGAGUAAUUGGUAGAAGUGCACGUGACACAAUUAAAAUGUUCAACAAUAUUGCUAAUAAAACAAAGGAAAAACUUGACAGGAAUCCAUUUUCGUCAACGUAUACUGCACCUAAGUACAAUACAAGUGCGGGAGAUUACGGUCGACCAACGCAUGGAUCUAAAACGGAAGCACGUGGUAUUAAAGCUGGUGAUUAUGUAAUGCGUGAAGUGAUAUUUUUAUGUGAAAUAAUAAAUACGCAUGCAAAAGGUGAACCACCAAAUCGAAUCAUCGAAUUUGGUCCAUUAUUUAACAUCUAUGCAUAUUAUUCCGAUAAAUUGGUUGGAAUGUUAAUUCGAGCUCGAAAAUAUAAACUGGUCGAUUUUGAGGGUGAAAUGUUGUAUCAAGGACAAGAUAAUCAUAAAAUUAUACGUUUACUAAAACCAAUUGAGGAAAUACGAAAACUUGAACCUUCCGGUGAUCCGGUGAAUUGUAUUUCUAUCAAUAACAAUAAAAUCUCAAAAUAA